AUGUUGGCAAUUCUGAAGUCACUCACAUUGCUAGUCGCAAGGAUAGCCAACUCAACGCUACUAGUCCAGUGCGACAACAAGACUGUUGUAGCCUUCCUGAGGAACGAAGGUGGUACAAGAUCCCCUACUCUUUUGAAGUUCACAAAGCAAAUUUAUCAAAUUCUCUAUUCUCACAAAAUUUAUCUGAGAAUACAUCGUAUACCAGGAAAGUACAAAAGUCACGCAGAUCACCUAUCGCGUCACCGGACUCCGCCAGAAUGGCACCUUGUGCCUCAGUGUACGAACAAAAAAAAAAAAAAAAAUCUUCGUGAAGUUCGGUGUUCCGGUGAUAAGCUUGUUUUCCUCGAUGUGUGCAAAGGUGGUAGCAAAUUAUGUGUCACUAGACCUGAAAGACCCUCAAGCUCUGUAUCACGAUACUUUCUCCCGAAAUUGGCAUUUCUCCCUAGCGAGGGUAUUUCCACCCCCAUUUCUGAUUCCGAAGGUCACACCUGA